GUUGCUGGCUUUGUUUACGAUAAUCAUGUGUUAUGUUUGAUAGAGUGAUUAUUUUGCUUUCGGCUGGAUUAUUUUGUUUAAUUUCAAAAAGAAGCAGUGAUUGCCUCGAUUAAUUAAGGGGAUAUUAAUACAGAUUCAAGGCCCAGUCGUAGUGUCAAAUAGAGACAUGGGCCCCAAAAAGGCUGCGGGAAAAGGAGGCGGAAAAGGUGACGGCGGCGGCGAAGGAAGCAAGGGCAAAGAAGUAAAGGGUGGAAACGCAGUUAAGGUGCGGCAUAUUUUGUGCGAGAAGCAAUCAAAAGUGCUGGAAGCGCUGGAGAAAAUCAAAGCUGGAGCAAAAUUUAACGAGAUUGCAGCACUUUAUAGUGAAGACAAAGCUCGAUCUGGCGGCGAUCUGGGUUGGAUGACGAGAGGUUCGAUGGUUGGACCAUUUCAAGAAGCUGCUUUUGCUCUGCCAAUUUCAAGUUUAUCAAAUCCAGUGUACACAGACCCUCCAGUGAAAACUAAAUUUGGCUACCACAUAAUCAUGGUCGAAGGAAAAAAAUAAAAUGAUCUGUGCUCAAUCGAUUUUCUACACUAAUUAUUAUCUAA